UAUUUUUGGACAGUCGGGAUAGUCUAUGAACCGUGAGGGUGGCGUAUAUAAGCCGAUGUUUGUUCAAUCCAGAAUCAAAUCACAUUUGUGUUUCAAACUCAACUCUCGUGUUCCAACGAUCACCAAACAAUCAACAAUCAUGAAGUGCAUCGCAGCUGUAGUCAUGAUGGUCUUGGCCGUGGCCGCCGUUGAGGGAACCUACUACCCGUUGGCUUACUCCGCUCCUCUGGCAUACAGCGUUGCUCCAACUGUUGUCCAGCAAAACCACGGAUACGGAUACCCAUUGGCCUACUCCGGAUACGGAUAUGGAGGAUACGCCCCAAUCUCUUAUGCUGCCCAGGCUUCCGUGGUCCCAACUGCCUAUGCCGCCUACGCUGCCCCAGCUCCAGUGGCCGUCGUUGCCCAACGUGAAGCUCGUUAUGUGGCCGCCAACCGUGGAGCCGUCCAUGAUGCCCCCCUCCAAGGACAUGCCGUCUCCCAGCAGUCCCUGAACCUGCAACCAGCUCCAGGAACUCUGUAAACUUUCCGAAGCGCUGCGCGUUGAAAGAUUACAUCAGUACCUACCAAACCACUGCCGCAAAAUCCAAAUUAUGUUAAAAAUUUGUUCGAAUGUUACCUGACUGCGUCGUUGAAUUCCGAGUGAAAUAGAUUGAGUAUUUUUUGAGCGCA